AUAACAAACCCGCGCAUUAUGAAACGGAUUUUAAAGGAAACUACUUUGCCCAUUCGAACGAAUAAUAUUUCAAAUAAACACUACGCUGUUGAGUAUACGUACUGGUUUUUGAGUUUACUAGGAAUUUGGCCCAUAAUAUUCCAAUCAUCGGUCAUUAGAAAAAUAAUCGCGCUUAUUCAUGUGCUUAUUGUUAUUAGUAUCCUUAUAUGGGAGUUUAUUUUUAGAUUCAUUCAUAUGUACUAUUAUGUGGAUGAUUUUGAUGAACAAAUAACUUUAAUUGCUCCUAUAUCAUUUAUUUUUGUUGUAUUACUCAAAUACAUGGCAGUAAUUUAUCGACGAAACACUAUUAUGGAAUUUAUAAGCCAUAUAAAUGCUGACUGGAAUAUGACAAAGUGUCAAGAAGAAAAAGAGAUUAUGACUAAAAAUCUUAACAUGUGUAACAAUAUAACAUUUGUAUUUACAGUAUCAAUGUACAUAAGUGGAGCAUUUUAUAAUUGUAUAAUGCCUCAUGUGAUACCGUUUUUAAUUGGUAGUAGUAAUAACCAAAAUACUUCUGAACGAAUGAUUAUUUUCCCUGGUUAUAAUGUUGUUUUUAAUGUUGAAUUUUUUCCACUUUAUCAAAUUACAUAUAUUUUUCAUAUCAUUACUGCAUUUUAUUGCUAUACCGUUCUCAUUGCCACAUGUAAUUUGACCGUAAUCUUAGUAACUCAUGUGAGUAGUCAAAUUCAAAUAAUUAUUAGCCAGCUGAAUUCAUUAUUAAAUGAUUUUUCGAAAGAAACAAAAUUUUCAUACCCUAAGUUGUCACUUACGAUUCGUCGUCACGUCCGAGCUCUUGAAUUUUCUAAUAACAUUCUGAAAAAAACAUUGUUCGAAAUAUGUCUAGUAGAAAUUGGCGCAUCUUCCGCACUUCUUUGCAUUGAUGAAUUUUGUUUUUUACGGAUGUUGGAUAAAAAAGAUUUUGCAAACAUGGUACCCUAUUUUAUGAUAUUUCUUUCUUUGAGUUUGAAUAUAUUAAUAUUGUGCUACUUUAGCGAACUUCUUGACUCUCAGUUUAUGGAAAUAGGAGUACAAUCAUAUGCAAUUGAUUGGUAUGAAAUUCCAUUACAAGCAAGACGAUAUUUACAUUUAAUGAUAAAUAUGUCUCAACGACCUCAAAAAAUUAGUGCAGGUGGAAUAAUUGAUCUGUCUUUUCUUACCUAUGUGCAAAUUAUUAAGUCUGGAUUUGCAUACCUACAAGUUUUAAGAGCUUCAAAUAUACACAAAAAGUAGACAAAAAAAAAGUAUGUUUAAAUUAUUUAUUCAUCGAAUCGGAAUUGAUUAAAACUUGAUAUUAAUUGAAGUAAGAAAGGUGACUGAGUUUUGUAAAGUGUUUGUGAAUUAUAUUAUGUGAGAAAUUUAUAAUUUAUUAC